AUGACUCAUAUAUGCUGGGCCUCAUCCCUAUUUGAUUGGAAACUUCAAUAUCUUGCACCAACCAAUGCUGCCCGUCUCGCGGCAUUGCAACCCCCUUUAGUUUGGAACGAGACUCUUGCAACCUUUACUAGAUCGUAUGCUAAAGAGAGGGCUGUAGAUUGCAAAUUGCAACACUCAAACAACCCAAAAUAUGGUGAGAAUAUUGCAAUGAGUCCUGGAGAAUUAAGCCCAACUGAAGCCGUGGAUUUGUUGGCCGGUGAAAAGCCUAAUUAUGAUUAUGGCUCUAAUAAUUGCAAAGAAAUGUGCGGGCAUUACACACAAAUUGUUUGGAAAGAUACACAAAGUGUUGGGUGUGCCAAAGAAAGGUGUCAAAAUGGAGGCACUUUUAUUACUUGCAAUUAUUAUCCUCCAGGAAAUGUUAUAGGGGAAAGACCUUUUUAA